AAGAGGCUGGGGGUUAAUUUAACCGGAGUGGGUGGGAAGGGCUGUAGGGCUAACCUGUCAGUUCGCCACCAUGAACGUGGUUUUUGCUGUGAAGCAGUACAUUUCCAAAAUGAUAGAGGACAGCGGGCCGGGUAUGAAAGUACUUCUCAUGGAUAAAGAGACGACUGGCAUAGUGAGUAUGGUAUACACACAAUCGGAGAUUCUUCAGAAAGAAGUAUACCUUUUUGAACGCAUUGAUUCUCAAAAUCGAGAAAUCAUGAAACACCUGAAAGCAAUUUGUUUUCUUCGACCUACGAAGGAGAAUGUGGAUUAUCUGAUUCAGGAGCUCCGAAGACCCAAAUACAGUAUAUAUUUUAUUUAUUUCAGUAAUGUGAUCAGCAAGAGUGAUGUGAAGUCAUUAGCUGAAGCUGAUGAACAGGAAGUUGUGGCUGAGGUUCAGGAAUUUUAUGGUGAUUACAUUGCUGUGAAUCCACAUUUAUUUUCUCUCAAUAUUUUGGGUUGCUGCCAGGGUCGAAAUUGGGAUCCAGCCCAGCUAUCCAGAACAACUCAAGGACUGACAGCGCUCCUUUUAUCUCUGAAGAAAUGUCCCAUGAUUCGUUAUCAGCUUUCAUCAGAGGCAGCAAAGAGACUUGCAGAAUGUGUUAAGCAAGUGAUAACUAAAGAAUAUGAACUGUUUGAAUUCCGGCGGACCGAGGUUCCUCCAUUGCUACUUAUUUUAGAUCGCUGCGAUGAUGCCAUCACCCCAUUGCUAAACCAGUGGACAUAUCAGGCCAUGGUCCAUGAACUACUGGGCAUAAACAACAAUCGGAUUGAUCUUUCCAGAGUGCCGGGGAUCAGUAAAGACCUAAGAGAGGUGGUCCUAUCUGCUGAAAACGAUGAAUUCUAUGCUAACAAUAUGUACCUGAACUUUGCUGAGAUUGGUAGCAAUAUAAAGAAUCUCAUGGAAGACUUUCAGAAGAAGAAACCAAAAGAACAGCAAAAACUAGAAUCAAUAGCAGACAUGAAGGCCUUUGUUGAGAAUUACCCACAGUUCAAGAAGAUGUCUGGAACUGUAUCAAAGCAUGUGACAGUGGUUGGAGAGCUGUCUCGGUUGGUCAGUGAGCGGAAUCUGCUGGAGGUUUCGGAGGUUGAACAAGAGCUGGCCUGUCAAAAUGACCAUUCUAGUGCCCUCCAGAAUGUAAAGCGGCUCCUGCAGAACCCCAAAGUGACAGAAUUUGAUGCUGCCCGCCUUGUGAUGCUUUAUGCUCUACAUUAUGAGCGACACAGCAGCAAUAGCCUACCAGGACUAAUGAUGGACCUCAGGAAUAAAGGUGUUUCUGAAAAGUAUCGAAAGCUUGUGUCUGCACUUGUUGAAUAUGGUGGUAAACGGGUCAGAGGAAGUGACCUCUUCAGCCCCAAAGACGCGGUGGCUAUUACCAAACAGUUCCUCAAAGGACUGAAGGGAGUAGAAAAUGUAUAUACUCAGCAUCAACCUUUCCUACAUGAAACCCUGGACCAUCUCAUCAAAGGAAAGCUUAAGGAAAACCUGUACCCUUAUCUAGGUCCCAGCACACUCAGAGACAGACCUCAGGAUAUCAUUGUGUUUGUAAUUGGAGGAGCCACCUAUGAAGAGGCUCUAACAGUUUAUAACCUGAACCGUACCACUCCUGGAGUGAGGAUUGUCCUGGGAGGAACCACGGUGCACAACACGAAAAGUUUCCUAGAGGAAGUUCUAGCUUCUGGACUGCACAGCCGAAAUAAGGAGAGCUCUCAAGUUAUGUCGAGGUCAACAAGCAGAAGAUGAAAUGGUGAGGAGAAUGGCGCAGCUUCCCCUCUUGCCUCACUGCAGGCUUUCCCCGCUGACCAGAAGUGCUGGAGAAGAGCCUUGGGUUUUGUGCUUGUUGUUAAAACCCAUCUCCAGGUAGCCUGCUGAUUACUGAACUGUUGGCACAGAUACCAAGUCUCCCAGUGAUGAGUUGAAAAUAAGUCUGAGCCCAUCCCAACCCACUUUUCUCUUGGUUUCCUUAUCAAAUAACUACAUGUAUUCCUUGUGUAUAGCACAAUCACUUCAGCUUCUGAUGAAUUUUGUUGGGAUCUUACUUGAGAAAAGGGUUAUCAGAGCUUAGAGGAGUUUUAAAAAGUAAUCGUUUGAUGCACAUGCUGUACACUCUCUCUUCUCUUGACCCCUUUUACUUUUCAUUAACCACGUUCCUGCACAACUCAUUUCUGAAAACUCGGCAUGUUUCUGCAGAGAGCCAUCCAGAAAUUGUGUGUCCCUACAUUGCAAUUCUCUGUGGCACUGAGAAACCAUGUAUGACUACAAUAAAAAUCCAUUUUAUG